GGAGGGGGUGGGGGUGAAAAAACUCAAGCUUUAGAACAAAAAUUAUACAGAUUACAAGAAGAAUUGACUGAAUUACAUCGAAAACGAGGAGAGAACUCACAGCAGAUAAUAGAUUUAAAUGAUAAAUUACAAGCUAAAGAGAAAGAAUUACUAGUUAAAGAUGGCUUGUUAGCAGAUUCUGAAGUGAGAGUUUAUGCUUUAAGGACAGAACAGAAAAAUCUAGAAGCCACAAUAUUAGAAUUAGAAGCCACAAAUCAAAUGUUGAAAGAUGAACAUCAAGCUUUACAAUUAGCAUUUUCUACAAUAGAAGAAAAAUAUCGUAAAUCCAAAGAUGAAAAUAGAGAAUUAGUUGAAAGAUGGCUACAUUUAAAAUCAAAAGAUGCUGAUAAACUAAAUGAAGAAAAUGAUUCAUUUAGAAGACAACGAGCAGCUAAAUUACGUAAAGAAUUGGCUGAGGCAGCAGUAGAACCACUAAAUAUAACAGAAAACCAUCAGCUGGUAAUAAUGAAUAAUGCUCGUGGGAAUGGUUGCUGUAGUCAAGGCACUCUCUGCCAUGCUUGCAUUCUGUAUCUCACUUCUUUACAGUGGAAAUCAUCCAUUCACAUGGAAACCAUAUCAGCAUGUAUCUGUGAUGAGAGUUGGCCUUCAGCCACUUUUUUAUAUGAUAUUUUGUUUUCUAGAGGAAAGGCAUUAUUACCAGGAAUACCUCCAGUAUGUCUGAGUGCAUCAGUACCAACUAAAGCUAUCUGUAAAUUUGAUGCACAUGAAGGAGAAGUAAAUUCUGUUAAAUUCAAUCCGUCUGGUACAUUAUUUGCAUCAGGUGGUGCUGAUAGAAAAAUAAAACUCUGGGAAAUUAGGAAUGGCGAAUGUGAUAAGAAAGGAACAUUAUUAGGUAGUAAUGCUGGUAUCACUGCUUUAGAUUUUGAUUUAGAAGGUAGUUUAGUUUUAGGAGCAUCUAGUGAUUUUGCUAGUAGGGUAUGGUCUUUGAUAGAUCAACGAUUAAGGCACACAUUAACAGGUCACAGUGGUAAAGUAUUUGCUGCCAGGUUUUUAGGUGAUAGUAAUAAAGUUGUAUCAGGUAGUCAUGAUAGAACAUUAAAAAUAUGGGAUUUAAACACAAGGGCUUGUGUAAAAACAAUAUUUGCUGGUUCAAGUUGUAAUGAUUUAGUCACAUUACAUGGUAAUAAUAUUAUCAGUGGUCACUUUGAUAAAAGAUUACGUUUCUGGGAUGUUCGAUCUGAUAGUACAUCACAUGAAGUAUUAUUGCAGGGUAGAAUUACUUCCCUUGAUUUAUCUCCAGAUAGAAUGAAUUUACUCUGUUCUACUAGAGAUGAUUCUAUGAAAAUAUUAGAUCUACGUAUGAAUCAAGUUUCAUCAACAUUCUAUGCUGAUGGUUAUAAAGCUAGCUGUGAUUGGGGUAGAGCUGUAUUCAGCCCUGAUGGUAAUUUUGUUGCAAGUGGGUCGCAUGAUGGAGGAGUAUAUGUAUGGAAUAUAACCACUAAAAAAAUUGAAAAGGUGCUCAAAGAACAUAAUCAUGCAGUGAUAGCUGUAACAUGGAAUCCUUGUGGUGCUUCUAUAGUUAGCUGUGAAAAAUCACGUAAAAUAAUUCUCUGGUCAGAUUAUUGA